CACCACCCGGAAGUGACGCGGACGUCAAUAAGAAGCAGUCACAAGCAACAGUGUGUAACGCAGCUCAGUUUAUCGCUCUUUUAAUCUUUUAAAACAAAAAAUACAACAUGUCUUCGGAUUUCGAAGCGUACGAACAGGAUUUUGGAACCCUCACUGCGGAAAUAACCAACAAAGUUGGAAGAAUACCCAAAUUAGCCGGUGAGGAGAAGACACAGCUGGUUCUAAAUGUCGACAAACAGCUUGAAGAAGUCAGAGAGUUGAUGGAGCAGAUGGACCUGGAGGUUCGAGAGAUCCCUAUUCAGAGCCGAGCUAUGUACAACAGCCGUCUGAAGAGCUACAAGCAAGAGAUGGAAAAACUUGAGAAAGAUUUUAAAAGGUCACGUAUUGCCUACAGUGAUGAGGUGCGGAACGAGCUCCUGGGGGAUGAUGGGAGCUCCUCAGAGACUCAGAGAGCACAUCUGUUGGACAACACAGAGAGGCUGGAAAGGUCAUCUCGGAGGCUGGAAGCUGGCUACCAGAUAGCAGUGGAAACCGAGCAAGUUGGACAGGAGAUCCUCGCCAACCUGCACAGCGACCGUGAGAAGAUCCAGAGAUCCCGCGAUCGGCUGAGAGAGACGGACGCUAACCUGGGCAAGAGCUCUCGGAUCCUGACCGGCAUGCUGAGAAGGAUCAUUCAGAACCGCAUCCUGGUCUUCAUCCUGGGCGCCAUCAUCCUCCUCACCAUCGUCUUGGCCAUCUAUUUUAAUUUGCGAGGGCACUGAUCUCCACUGACUGGCCCUAUGCGUGCAUGUGUGAGUGUGUAUGAGCGUGUGUGUGUAAGAUUAAUAGUGACAAAAGUGUUGGGCUGAAGUAAUUAGGACAAAUUGUUCACAUGAAUCAUUCCUGGUGGGCAGUGACAGGGGGCCUCUGUUUGCUGCUGUCGAGCGGAGCGGGACGGGGACCGCACCUUCCCUCUCUCCCCUUGCAUUUAUGCUGCCUCCAUUACUUUUAAAACUCACCGACCCAUAGAGAUACCUGGCACAGACGUAUGGACUCGAGGACCAUGAUGAGAACUUCAGAUGGUUGAAGAACAGGAAGAUAAACAUCAAUGUAUGUCAUAACCUGCAGUUUUUUUAAGCUACUAGCAUAAUCUUGUCUAUUGGGUACAUGUAGAGUACAGUAAGUGUUCAUUUUGUCAAUGAAAAUGACUUGACGCAAACAGGUCUACAUGACUGAAUGCACACACUCAGAUCUGCUCAUCUAAUAAACGGACAGUCUAGAUUAUAACAAAAAUAAUAACAAUUAAUAUGUUUUGGACUACAUUUUAGUCUCGUCUUUUUUCGUCAACAUUAAUGUGCUUUUGAUUCAUUAGAUAUUCAUAAUCAUAUUAUUAGAUAUUCAUUAGAUGCACAUUCAUAGUUUUCACUAACAUUACUACUGUACCAUUGAAGACCUGUCAAGCUCAAGGAAGAAUUUUUUGCCGCUAUUUUUGUUGACAAAAUUAACAGUUUAUUCUAAAACAAAUCUUAGGCUACUAGUGUUUCAUUAGCAAACAAUUAUUUUAAGUGAGUUAUUUAAUAUCUUGUUGUGUGGUGUAUCAGUAGGAAAUAUCAGUUUCUAUUUUAAAACAUUUUGUUAACAUUUUUAGGUGUUUUUCACCUUUAUUGGAUAAGAUAGUUAUUAAUUCUAAUUAUCCAGUGAGAUGUUUGUAUGCACAAGCAGUCUGAAAGCAACCAGUGCUGAAGACCUCCUCCCAUUAUCAUCCAGUCCACAUGAAAAGUCAUGAAGAAUCAUAAAAAAUGAGAAUAAAUCCAGAAAAACUUUGGCAACAUCUCUAAGACAUUUUAAGAAACUUGCGUGCAGAGCUAGUUAAAAAGCUAUGCACAUGUCUACCUACGACAACAUUUAAAUGCAUACACCAAAUGUGGAUUUGUUUUAGUUAAUUGAACUUAAUUGAUAAAUAGAUUGUAUUUAUAAAUCUGUAUACAGUAAUGUAGGGUAACACUUUAUAAUAACUACAAACUAUGAAUCAUUUACUAAGCAUUAGCAUCUAGUGAAUUUAUUAUUUGUU